ACAGGAGGAACAGGAGGAACGGUACCUGUGCGAAGAAUGAAAAAAAAAUCGUCAAUCGACAAGGUGAAUGUUAUACGUACAUCUAUUAUUUUUUUUAUACCGCAUAGGAAAGUGGGCGUUGAUCGUAUAGUCCUUGGCUAAGACAAAGGAAUAAAAUUAUACGGGAGAUCGGAAAGCGCGGUACAAAUCACUGUGAAUAAAAAAAAAAUUAAUGCCUGAUUUUUGGAGAAUAAGAAAAAAAAGUGAAAGCCCAAAUUUCAAUAUCCCUUCAAUGAUAUCCAGACGCGAUAGAUAGAUAAUGAUAUUUAUUUUUUUAACCAGUGCAGAGUGUGAGGUGUAACCGAUUUUUCUGAAUUUAAUUUUUAAUUGAAGUUUUCUCUGAAUCAAAAUCACUCACUAAAAAAUGAUCCAUGUCUGCGUUCAGGUUCACUUCUCGUCAGUUGUUCUCGGCGCGCGUUCCGCGGCUCUGCUUAUAUACUGGUAGCUCUGCCAUUCGGUCACACCCAUCAUGUAGCGUCCACCUCUUCGCCACCUCUUCUUCAGCAAUUCACGGCGUAGGAUUUCAAAACACCAUCGAUUCACGGCGGCACCAACGGAGAUUUUUCUCCUCUCAAUUUUUAACACCGCAUGAAAAUAUUUGCCGAGAUUUUGUAAAUCCAGCGGCUAGAAGGGACUGCGGAAUCCCUUGAAGUUCGAACAACGAACGGGGUUCGAAGCUGAAAUCGAAUUCCUUUUUUUUUUUUGGUUUUCGUAAUUUUCACAGGGUGGGAAUUCGCGGUGCGGAAGAUAUCCCGGAUUAUUGAACGAUCGAACGAUCCGAGAACUUGUAAUGUGCGCACGCGAAUUCGGGACUUUCAUUUUCUCUCUUUGAAAACAGGCGGUACAUUGCAAUUGAAGUAGCCGAAACUUUGGUGGCUUUAUGUCCCGCGUGAGAUUUGAAUAUUUAAUCACAUAAGAUCGGAGGUAGGUGGCAACGAGUCCGCGGUUCCUGCCUCAAGUUAAAUUACAUAAGUUGAAACACGACCGAAUUUCUAUGGCGUGUAAUACAUGGCAUGACGUAUAACACGGUAUAGUACACAGAACAUUUACAUUCUUAGCAAGGCCGCGCUGCACUCUUGAGAAAAAUCCAACGACUCGAGGCGUUCUGAUUUACUAAUAACGUUAUUUCCCGUUACGGAUGGAUUGUGCAAAACAUUUGGCAAACAGAAUUUUUUCAGACAUCGUAAAUUGGAUUCUUUUUACCCUUUUUUCUACUUUUUGCAUACUAGCUCGAUUUAUCCUGGAAAUUACUUCGCGGUGACUUUGCAGGAGAUUUCGGCCUUGAAGACAAUCCAUUGAAAGCGAAAUCGCUCCCGAUUCGGUCACUGCCAUCCGCAUGACAUUGGUAACGUCCCAGUUUUUAUAACAUAGCGUCGUUUUUAUUUAUUCAUUUUUUUUUUUUUUUUUGUUCGUUACCCGCAUCGUUAGAGAUACUCUGAUGAAUACAUGAGGCCCGCGACUAAUUGAUUUUAUGUUCGUUUUCGGAGGGAAAUAGAAAUACUUUGAUUUUUCGUGAAGUAUGGAUUUAUUGAGUAAAUAACAAGACCCUUCUACCCAUGAAAAAUGGAAUUCGGGGAAAUUAGGUCCAUUUUGUUUGUACAGUUUUCGAACAAUAUUUAUCAUUCAUUUUUCAUUACGUAUAUGUUUGCCUCACUUCCUCUAUUUUUUCUUCUUCUUUUCCUUCUGUUUUUCGUUACUCAGAAAUCUAGAUGUGCGUAUUUCAAAGACGUGCAUUAUAACAGAAAGAAAAAGUAAAAAAAUCAAAUCCAAAAACCUAGUUUUAUUACAACAGUUCAGUAUAAGCUAUUUAAGGUAUUACUGAUCCGAGGUAAAAGAUUUGAGAUCUUUUGAAGAUCGCUUUUUGAAUUUAAAGUAAAACUUACAGUCAUCGCGAAAAACAGGUGCGUAUCGUUCGUCCAAAACUUGGGUUCGAAAUUUCGUACAAUCACUUUGAAUAAUUGAACACAUGUCCGCCUGGUUUACACCGAGAAUAGAAUGAGAAACAUAAAAAUGAAGAACAUGCCAGAUUGAGUAUCGAAUGAUUUAAAAAAGACUCAUUGGAUUAACGAGUUUAAUUUAAUGGUUUUAGAUCAGCAGAUGAGAUCAUCAUUUCGUAUCUCAAUGAUAUUCACUCUUCCGUAUAAUAAGUCUUUUGGAUUGUCGCAAUAAAGUUCCGUCAUUGAAUCGUGUGAUCUGUAGAAUCUCGUGCCCUCGAGAUACCUCAAUUCUUCCUAAGUUUUUCUGACCUUGUAUCUUGUUGCAGGUAAAAUCUGCAUUUCAAACAUCGACCUGCUAACGAUUCAUAAAAUAAGUCGACGCGAGAAUCAGGAUGACAACGUCAAAAUAUCGUAUAACGUAAGUUAUUAAUAUGCUUACAGCCCGUCACUUUUGAAUGUUCGGCUGUCUGCAGUAAGGCGCCUGCUAGGAUUCAAGAUCAUGUACAGUGUUUCGAAUAUUCGCAAUAAGAAUAAAUAAAAGGAAACAUUCGGUCUUCGAAAUUCAACAUUUUUUUCGGCCUUUCGGAAAAUUGAUAACAUUACAGUAGGUAGGUGGAAUUAAUUGUGUGUGCGAAGGAAAUAAAAAAAGAAAAAAAAAACCGUUGAAGAAAUAAUCGUGAAAGUUUUGCGUCAAUCGAUUUAGUUCGGCUGAAGUAUUGUAGGAAUAAGGUGAUAUUUGGGGGAACAUUCCAGCGUUGAAAACCAAGGCGUAAAGAUCAGUUUUCGGUGAUGGGUGUGCUCCAGCCGAGUACGUUCCGGAUUAGCAUGUGGCCGAUUUUGGCAAUGAUUCGAAUAACUCCGUUGACAAAUUUAAAGGCGAAUCCCGUGCGGAGAAUUUUAAACGCACUGAUGCUGAGCUUUUUUACUUUGUGUACCUAUGUCUGCCGCGCCUCGGUACAGACGAUCUUGUCGGACUAUAUUCCAGUUUUUUGGAUUGAUCGUAUGACUGUUAUGUCGUUGUUAUCGAUCUGGACAUGGGAGUUGAAAGGCGCUAAUUUCAUAGAAAAAAUGAUACUCGAAGUUACGGAAAUUGACGAAGAGUUGAAACGAUACGGCGUAAAAUUGACGUAUCGAAAAUUUAUGUUCGGACAGUUGACGACGAUUUUGACGUGCUUGAUUUUAUUCUUCUUCAUAAGGAAUGUCAAGUUCAUAAUCUGGUUAUUUGCGGACCUGAGUGUUUCACCGGUACUCAACUGGGGUGAAAUUAUUUCCUUCUUACGUAGCCUGCAGCAUAUGUUCAUCCUGAUGAAUAUCCUGGUCGUAACGUCCAUGUUGGAAGCAUUGUUCGACAGAUUUAAAUUUGCCAAUGAAAUUUUUGAAGACAUUGAGAAAUCUGACAAGAAAAACGAGGAAUACAUAUUCAUCACAACUCGUAGCAGUUUUCGGGUUGCAAAUAAUUUGGGGAAUCGAACAAAACACUUGUCGAGCCGCAUUCUGAUGGAUAAGGUUGACGGAGUUUGCAGAAUUCAUCGGAGAUUGACGAAAAUCACCAACGAUUUGAACAAAACAUUUUCCCUGAUCUUAUUGGGAACUGUCAUCAUUGAUUUGUUUCAAUUGAUGCUGGAUCGUGCAAAGUUCUCCUCGAUCACAACUUCUCGAGAUAAAAAUUAUGUCGAUUUAACUUCGACAAUGAUGGGGGCCAUUUUCACAGCUUCCAAACUUUGGUACAUCAUUAGGCAAUGUUCAAAAGUUUGCGAAGAGGCGAAUAAAAUAGGCUCGUCAUUGUUUAAAGUUCCGACUCACGAUCCUGUGGUGCUUGAACAGUUUCACCGACGUUCCAUUUACUUUAUGCAAACACGAUUGAGACUCACUGCUUGCGGAAUUUUUACCAUGGAUCGCGCAUUGGCUAGUACGAUUCUUUACAACUCCAUCCAAUUCGCGAUAGUCUUGAUCCAGUUUAACGAUGCCGAAAAUGCAGCUUAAAAGCGUCUCCGUUAUAUCACGUUCCAAUACUCUCAACGAAGUCCAGCAACUGUACAGAGUGAAUUCGAUCAAAUAAAUGUUUCUGAAUCAAUAAAUUGAUUGAACAUUCUUGAAUCCUGACCAGGAUUAAGUAUUAUCGCAUUCGGGGCCACUUCAAUGCGUGACAAACGAAAAACCACGCAAAAAAGUAGAACAUUUAAUUUUCAUUUUGGAAAUUCUUAAUAAAAAUUUUCCAAAUGCAUACAGGAUUGUUCGUUCUGUUCCAGAUGAUUUGACGAUAUAUCGCUACAUAAAUGCCGCGGUGUUUCCGAACAUACUCAUUAGUUCAUUUCACCAUAUUUGUUUAAUGUCCAUCGAUCAAUUUCUCGACUCGUACGCAGUCGCUGGAACAAAUAAUAUUUGCGGAGUCGAUCGGAAAAUGGAAACCAGUGCCUGAAAAGCUUAGGGAUGACGGAGUGAAAGGUCAAUCGUAGCUGUCGAGUCGCCAUGAGUCUUUUUAAACCGAAAACAGUUCGCGAAUCUUUUUGGCCAAUUUCAGUGCUGUGUUGCUUUUUCGGAGGAUUUCCUCUGACGGUGAAACGUCGAUGGAGAAUUCUAGUACAAACGAUAAUCGUGAUCGCUGAUUUAUAUUUAUUUUUCUUCGAGUCAGCGAACGAGACAAUACCUGUAACAGGAAUUUUUGAAAAGAUAUUCUUUACCACCGCAACGAUUAUUUGGUACGAACGAAUGAUAAUGCGUUCAGGCUCUGUCUUCUUAUGGGAAUUCAAAGGAGCUCGACUAAGGGAAAAGAUGAUCAUUGAAUUGACCAAACUGGACGAAGAGUUGAAAAAUUUUGGUGUAGAAGCUGAUCAUUCAAAAUUUGUACGGCGACAGUUGAUUUCCGUUGUCGGUUUUACGAUGUUGUCUCUUAGUGUUGUGAUUACCUAUGGAAUUGCUUAUGACGAGAAAGGUCAAUGGUUGGAAAUUCGAGAUUCCGCCGAAGAAAGUUCGAAACACGUUCCAAUUGUUAAUUUGCCGAUUAUUAUGGUGCUGCAACAGUUUCAAUUACUAUCUUCCGAUCUCGUGUACCUAAAUUUACUUCACGCGCUUCGUAUGAGAUUUGAGAAUAUAAAUGAAGUAUUGCGGCGAAUUUCAAAUCCGGAAUACAAGACGCGAAGAAACGUUCGCACUACUUACCGGGGUGCUCGUAAAAUCGGAGUACAAGAGGAUGUUCAAUAUCAACGAGCGAAAACUCGACGAGAUGUUAGUUGAGACGAUCGAUUCAUGAAUUAUACUCGUAAAUUUUUCAACCGAAAUGAGCAAUCCUCAUACGUACAUAUUUUUUGCAGAAUUUGUCAGCGCACUUUUUAUUUGAAAAAAUUGAUCGAGUUUGCCGAAUUCACAAACGACUGAUGACAGCGGCUGAAGAAUUCAACUUCAUAUUUUCGUUGCAUUUAUGCAUGUCGCUGCCAAUAAUUGCCUCGUUUUUCUUGCUCCACUCCUUCCAAAUUCUCAAGUUAUUGCAGGGCCAAUGUUUCAGAUGCUUGGUGUUUUCGGUUUUGGGGCCAAUCCAAAACACCGUGACCUUUCUGUUUAUCAUCUUAUCAUGCUGCAACACAUGCAACGAAGCAAACAAACUAGGCACUUUACUGUAUCGUAUACCGAUCUUCGACGCUGUACACCACAGUCAGUUGCAGGAACAAUCUGUGCAUAAUUUACUGCGAAAAUUGCGUAUCACUGUCGGCAAUAUGUUGACCGUCGAUCAAUCCUUGGUAAUUUUGCUAUUCAGCACCGUUGCGAAAUACGUUGCAGUUAUGUUGCAGUUACCUCAAACAACUGGAAAAUAGUUUGCACCCGGCGAUCGUUUUAUCGCGAUAUUUUUUAUUUUUCUCUCACCCCGUUCACGCGAGAUUGAUGUGCCCAUGAUUACGAUAUUGAACAAAGUCUUGCAAUCGAUAUCGGCACGAACCGUCGCACCAAAUUAACGUUAACAAUCAUCGGCCGAACCAUUAGCGUACAUCAGCAUUUGUCAAUCAAAAAGGGGUGUUCCAUGGGCCGCACAGGUACCCGUUAAAAGGCCGCUAUCGCUUCAGUCGACGAGCGUAUUUAGUUUAAAAAAACAUGGCUGUAAAAUCGGUCGAAUCGGGAGCACUGAGGAGAUCCCUUCGUCCCAUUCUCUUGUCAUCUUGGAUUGUUGGCGUGCCAAACGUCAGUUGGAAAUAUACUUAUCGCAUUUUAUACUCUUCGGGUAGUUUGAUUAUUUUCCUAUCGAUGUUCUCGAUAUCGAUCCACGACCGGUUGGCGAUGGUUGUGGAUUACAGCGGUUCCUUUGUUGCGUUUUACAUCAUAGCUUACGGCGUUGCAUUCGGUGCUUGCGUAGGAACGAAUAUUUUCUGGGUGGCAGCCGGCGCCAAGGCGCUGGACGACGCGAUAAACGAAACGGCAAGGUUGGACGUGAAAUUGAAAAAUUUAGGUGUUAAUAUUGAAAAUCACGUCGUAUUUCGCCGGCAGAUUGUACUGCUCUUAUUGUUUCUCGGUUCGUCGUUCGCAGCUAUUGUUCUCACCGAAUUGAUAACAGAAUCGAUGGGUUCGAACGUGGGUAAACCGUUUUACAUGAUAUUAUGCAGUGUGGCGAGUAAAUGUCUACCUGGUAUAAUUCUCCUGAUCGGCGAGAUUGUUCUUUCGACGAUAAUGUUUACACUUUAUCAAAGAUUUUUAUGGAUAAAUAAACUUUUGAAAAAUAUAUCGAGGAAUCAAGAAUUCUUGAACGACGAAGGAAUUUCGCGUGUCGUUUCCGCAGCGAGGGACACCGAAGAGGCAUUCCGUGUAACGAAGUUCGAUUUUGAAAUUUUCAGACAGAUGGGAUAAAUCGAACGUGGCUCACUUGAAAUUGCAUUGCAGGUCGGGCAGGAUU